AUGGGCGACGUGGUCCUCUAUGUCUACGUGCUACUUGGUACCAUCGUCGCUCUGUAUUUCAUCUACUGGAACACACAUCCCCUGUCUUCCAUCCCCACUAUCGGGCCAUCCCUACCUUUACUUUCCUACCUAGGAGCUUACAGGUACUAUCACAAUGCACGCGAGAUGCUCUUGGAAGGAUACAAAAAGCACAAAACAUUUAAAGUCCCGUUGCUUGCGCAAUGGCUCGUGGUGGUCAGCGGUUCCGAAAUGAAUGAAGAACUCCGCAAGGUACCGGACACGCAUGCCUCCUUUAUGCAGGCUGCAAAUGAUGUAUUCUUAUCGAAGUAUACUAUGGCGCCCGACAUUAACGAUCACCCUAUCCACAUCAAUGUCAUUCGAGGUGCACUUACGCGCAACCUCGGUGUACUAUUCGGUGACAUAUUGGACGAGAUACGAAUCGUUUUUCCUGAGGCAAUUCCUGCCCAUGACGACGACUGGAUUCCCAUUUCUGUCCUGCAUACCAUGGCACAUGUGAUAUCUCGUGCGAGCAACCGUAUUUUUGUCGGUGUCCCUUUAUGUCGAGACCCCGAGUAUUUAUCACUUGUUCUCAAUUACGCCUUCGAUGUAUCCAGAGCGAGGGACAUAUUGGAGCUCGUUCCAGGCUUCGUGGGUCUGUUCUUGCCUUGGUCUAGGCGAGCUCUUCGCCGAAUGGCCGCAUAUAUCACGCCGAUUAUCAGAGAGCGACAGCGAUACUUAGAUAUUCAUGGCGGAGACUGGCCUGAUAAGCCGAACGACUUCAUCAUGUGGAUGAUAGAAGAAGCCAGAAAGACCGGGAAGGAUAUUAAUUUAAUUGUUCAGGCUGUUCUGGUCUCGAACUUUGCCGCCAUACACACUUCGAGUCACAGCCUUACACAUGCUAUAUAUGAUCUCGCUCAUAGAUCCGAAUAUUUGCAGCCGCUGCGAGAGGAGGUAAGAGCUGUCGUUGCAGAACAUGGAUGGACCAAACUUGCGAUAGGAAAGAUGUGGAAGCUGGACAGUUUUAUGAGAGAGUCUCAGCGCGUGAAUGGGAUCUCUGGGAUCUCUGUGAUGCGCAAGAUUUUACAGGAUACUACUCUCAGGGACGGAACAUAUCUGCCCAAAGGUACACUGGUUGUUGCGGCCGCACAUGCCACUCAUCUGGACAGUGAGCACUAUAAGAAUCCCAAUGUCUUCGAUGGCUUCCGCUUCUCCGAUAAGCGAACGGAAGGUAAACAGCGGAUUAAACACCAGUAUGUCAACACGUCGGCUGAAUUCGUUGCUUUCGGCAAUGGGAAGCAUGCCUGCCCUGGCCGUUUCUUCGCCGUGAAUGAAAUCAAAACGAUGAUGGCAUACAUAUUGCUCAAUUACGACUUCAAGUUCGAAGAUGGUGUCGGACGACCGGAAAACAAGUGGAUUUGGCAUUCCAUAUUUCCCUCGAAUACCAAGGUCCUCUUCAGAAGGCGGAAGAUAAUACCGAAUUGA